AUGUCGCUGCAGCGUCAGCGGCCGCGUCCAGCGCCCCCGGCCGCGGCAGCGCCAGCGCCUCCGCCGGCCACGUCGGCGCGCCGGCAGUGCCUGGUGUGGGCGCCUGCAGCGAGUCUCGCGCCCGCCGUCGCCCGGAGAAGCAGCAGCAGCAGCCGCAGCCACAGCGCCGCCGCCGACUGCCCGCCGCGACAACCACCUGGCGCCGCCGCCGCCGCCGCCGCCGCCGCCAGCGCGCACCACUGCCGCCGCAAGGACAAGUACUCGCCGCCCCCGCAGCCGCCGCCCUCCGCCUCUCCGCGACACUCCACAGCGCAGGUACCGGCGUCCCGGCUGCUAACAAGUGUGUCGCCUACUAACGCAACGUUAUCGCUGGUGUGA